GCUGCAUGCCAGCGGCCAUUGUCUGCAACAAACUCCGAUUUCAGACAGAAUGGUUUUUUUCUAGAUAAUAACUUUCUUGAAAAUUUCUCUUUCUGGUUCGUUCAUGGCUAUCUCAUCAAAAUCUAUUCAAAGUCGCAGUUAAUAUUCAAGAUAAGGCAUAUCAGCAAAUCACCGCUGGCAUUACAUAUUUUCGAUUUUUUUUUUUGGUUCAUUUUCAUGGGUCACCACUCUCACUCUCCCCAGCACAGCCAUGAAACUACUGAUGGCGUUUCUCAGAGAGUUAACAGCCCUCGCUUCUCCGGCCUCAUGACUCGCCGGGCUCAUUCCUUCAAGCGCAACAACACUAACGCCACCGCCGCCCACGCCACCACCACCACCACCACCACCAAUCGCAAUACCCAAGUCACCAACACGAAUAAUAACAAUGGUACCAAUAGCCACGAGAUUAAUUUGCAAGUUAAUUCGCCUAGAUCUGAACAUGUUGAAGUGUUUGAGAGGCAGGGCCACCCCCAAAAUGUGACCCAGAGAAUUCAUGGGGGAGUUGCCAAGAGUUUGCUCAAUAAGAAGGGCGGUUUUGGAUCGGCAGUGGUGGAUUUGGGCUUUAGAGAGAGGAGGAGGUUGGGACACUGGAUGUUUUUUGUGUUUUGUGGGGUGUGUUUGUUUUUGGGUGUUCUUAAGAUUUGUGCAAAUGGGUGGUUUGGAUCCGCCCUUGAAAGAGCUCCCUCAAGCCAGGAUGAUUCCAAAAAACUGCAUCAAAACUCUCGAAGUACUCAAAACUGCAACUCCUUUGAAUAUGGGAAAGGACUGGCUGAUACGGAGCAAAACAUAGAGAUGGUGAAAUCAGGUGUAGUUGGUGAAUUCUCAGGUAUCUGGUCCAGACCCAACAGUAAGAAUUUCACUCAGUGCAUUGACCAGUCAAGAAGCCACAAAAAGUUGGAUGCAAAGACAAAUGGUUACAUUCUAAUAAAUGCUAAUGGUGGCUUAAAUCAGAUGAGAUUUGGGAUUUGUGAUAUGGUUGCUGUGGCUAAGAUUAUGAAGGCAACACUUGUUCUUCCUUCUCUUGAUCACACCUCCUACUGGGCUGAUGAAAGUAACUUCAAGGAUCUGUUCAAUUGGAAACACUUCGUUGAAACAUUGAAGAAUGAAAUCCACAUUGUUGAGUCAUUACCACCUGCCUAUGCUGGAAUUGAACCUUUUACAAAAACACCAAUAUCUUGGUCUAAGGAUAGUUAUUAUAAAACUGAGGUCCUGCCAUUUUUGAAACAGCACAAAGUAAUCUAUUUUACUCACACUGAUUCUCGGCUAGCCAACAACGGUCUCCCAGAUUCCUUGCAAAAGCUGAGAUGCCAUGUCAAUUACAGGGCAUUAAAGUAUUCUGAACCAAUAGAAGAACUGGGAAACAUCUUGAUCUCCAGAAUGAGAGAAAAUGAAAACCCUUAUCUUGCUCUCCAUUUGAGGUAUGAGAAGGAUAUGCUUGCAUUUACAGGCUGCAGUCAUAAUUUGACAGCAGAAGAAGAUGAAGAGCUACGCGGGAUGCGUUAUGAAGUCAGCCACUGGAAGGAGAAAGAAAUAAAUGGAACAGAAAGAAGAUUGCUUGGUGUUUGUCCAUUGACCCCGAGGGAGACUUCUCUUUUGCUUAAAGGGCUAGGUUUUCCAUCUAACACCAGGAUUUACUUGGUAGCUGGUGAAGCUUAUGGGAAAGGAAGCAUGCAAUAUCUUCUGGAUGACUUCCCUAACAUAUUCUCACAUUCCACUCUUGCCACAGAGGAAGAGCUGAAUCCGUUCAAGAAUCAUCAGAACAUGUUGGCUGGUUUAGACUAUGUUGUUGCACUUCAAAGUGAUGUAUUUGUUUAUACAUAUGAUGGAAAUAUGGCAAAGGCAGUUCAAGGUCACAGGCGAUUUGAGGACUUCAAGAAGACUAUUAGUCCAGACAAGAUGAAUUUUGUGAUGCUUGUGGAUGAGUUGGAUGAAGGAAAAAUCUCGUGGGAGACAUUCAGUUCCAAAGUGAAAGAGCUUCACAAAGAUCAAAUUGGAGCUCCAUAUCUAAGGGAGCCUGGAAUUUCUCCGAAGCUGGAGGAAAGUUUUUAUGCGAAUCCCCUUCCAGGAUGUAUUUGUAAAAGAAAACAAGAAAAGUAAAGUCUAAAUAGGCAGGUUUCUCAUAUUAUUUCAUGGUGUGAGCUCAACUGCUUGCAAAAAAAGGGGCAUGCUCCUAUUGCUCUAGGCUUAUAAUCAUAGAAAGUGGCAAUUUCUGUCAUCCAUAUUAAGUGAGAAUUGGUUUACAGGUUGAAGAUUCUCCUGCUAGCAGGGAGAAGAAUCCUGGCGUAGGACAGUCAAUUCAAUGAGGUCAUUCUUGCAGCUGACUAUACUAGUUACUGCAGACACUUUAUGCACCAUUCUUAUUGAGUGUCACAUUAGACAGUGGAUGCUCAUGCCGAUGUUUUGUACUUAGUAGACUCAAAGAAACAAUUUGGGGCUUUUUUUGGUGGAAAAGAAAGGUUGACGACUUGAGUUUUAGGGGUUGCUCCUGUUCAGUUGGGUUGUUAAUAUUUAACUUUUCUCCAAUUUGUGAAGUGAUACUGAUUUGGUCACAGAGUUGGAUAUCAAUAAUACGAAAGUAUAAUUUCAAAGACAAA